AUGGGGAAGCUCAUCAGGCUGGAGUUGUUCAACUUCAAAUCCUACAAGGCACACCAUGUACUUCUCUUCGGCGAUGCUUUCUUCACUUCCAUCAUAGGUCCGAACGGUUCGGGCAAAUCAAAUGCCAUGGAUGCCAUCUCUUUCGUCCUCGGGAUCAAAUCCUCUGCCUUGCGCUCCACCCAUUUGAAGGAACUGGUAUAUCGCGGUCGCGUCCUGCGAAAGUCGACAGCAAACGGACAGGUGGAAGCGGAUAGAGGAGGAGCAGAACAAGAAGAAGAAGAAGAAGGAGAAGAAGAAGAGGGUGGCAGUCAAGCCAACGGCACUCAGGAGCGCAACGACCCGAAGUCGGCAUGGGUGAUGGCAGUGUAUGAGGAUGAUGCUGGAAUCGAACAAAAAUAUAAGCGCACAAUUACGAGCCAAGGAGCCUCGGAAUACCGCAUCAACGACCGCGUCGUGACUGCGCACCAAUACAAUGAGUCUCUGGAAGAGGAAAAUAUCCUCAUCAAGGCUCGUAACUUUCUGGUCUUUCAAGGCGAUGUCGAAGCCAUCGCAGUCCAGAAACCCCAUGACUUGACACGGCUCAUUGAGCAGGUUUCUGGUAGUCUGGAGUAUAAACCCGAAUACGACAGACUGAAGGCAGAGCUGGAUGAGGCCGCCGACCACCAAGCGUUUCAACUCAAUCGUCGCAGAGGCAUCAACUCUGAGAUCCGUCAGUAUCAGGAACAGAAACGAGAGGCGGACAACUUCCAAAAGAAGGCUGCGGAGCGAGACGACGCAGUCGUCACUCACGUCUUGUGGAAACUCUAUCAUCUGCAACGCCAGAUCGAAGAGUCCAGUGCCGAGAUCCAGAAACACCAGGAUGACUUGAAGGAGUACCGUAGGGGUAUUGAGAAAUACGAGAGAAAUCUCGACAUUGCAAAGAAGGAACACGCACAAGCCGCCAGAGGCGUAGCCAAGGCAGAAAAGGCGAUCAAGGCGAAGGAAAGAGAAAUCGAAGACAAGGUGUCUUCUCUCAUACCAAUCGAGGAGCAGAUUAAGAUCUCGAACCGGCAACUUUCCAAGUACCACAAUCGAGUCGAAAGCAUAUCGACGGAACAAGACACGCACAUGAAAACUGUGGCACAAUUGGAAAAGGACUUGAGCACUGUUGAGAAAGCUCAAGCUCAAUGGCAAACCCAGUUGGAACAGAAUGCAAGUCGACUGGGUGGGCAGCUGAGUGAUGCAGAUCUUCAACAGUACACGCGACUCCGAGAAGAGGUUAUCAAACGCGCUUCAGCGGACCUCAGUCGCGUCGAGAGACUGAAGGGUGAACGAGCCCCAAUUGAGGCCACGUACAACAGCCUCAAGAGCAGCGUGGAAAGCACCGAGUACAAGCUGAGGUCUCUUGAAGAUGAGUGUCGCGCUCUCACCGAGCGGAGAGAUGCUGUCAAAGACGUCGUCGAGCAAACACAAGCCCAGAUUGAGGAAAAGAAGAAAGAGCUCAAUGCUGCGACGUCGAAGCGACUGCAGGCCGCGCGGACUCGGACCGAGCUGGAUGAAAAGCUCGCGGAAGUCGCGCGAAAGUUACUCGAAGCCGACGACGGUCGCCGAAUGAGUGAAAAGGAGAAGAGAAUGAAGGAAACCAUCGCCAUGCUCAAACGUACCUACCCUGGCGUCAAAGGUCGCGUGCAUGAACUGUGCAAGCCGAAACAGAAGAAAUACCAAGAAGCGGUCGGUACGGUCCUCGGUCGCGACUUUGACUCUGUCGUGGUUGACACUGAGGCCACGGCUAAGCAAUGUAUUGAAUAUCUGCGAGACCAUCGGUCAGGUCAGGCCACCUUCAUCCCGCUAGAUACAAUCCACGUCAGCGCGCUCAAUUCGAACCUCAAAGGCAUGCACCGAGGCAUGCGUCCGGCCAUCGAGACUGUGGAUUACGACCAGUCGGUCGCGCGAGCCAUAUCCUAUGCCUGUGGAAAUGCAAUUGUCUGUGAUGACCUUGCCAUUGCUAAAGAACUUUGUUAUGUUCGCCAUGUCGAUGCAAAGGCUGUCACCCUGGACGGCAGUGUCAUCCACAAGGGCGGUCUGAUGACCGGCGGUCGUGGCAGAGAGCAAAACACCCGGCGAUGGGACGAUGCCGAAAUCGAGAGGCUCCACAAGCUCAAAGACAAAUUGAUGGAAGAAUUCGCCGCACUGCCUCAAGAGAGAUCUCGUGUCGCCCAAGAACAGGUCCUGCAAAACGAGCUCAGUGGGCUUGAGAGCAGACUACGCUAUGCCAAAGAAGAACUAGACGCUCUUAAGAAGAACGUCCAGAGCAAGAAGCGCGAAGUCGACCACGUGCGGCAGCUGCUCUCGGAAGAGACACCCAAGAUGAGGGGAGAGCAGAGUAAGCUCGAGAAGAUCGACGAAGACAUCUCGGACUAUCAAGAGUCGAUCAACAACGUCGAGAACGAGAUCUUCGCCCAGUUCUGCCAGAGGCUUGGUUUCGAUGACAUUCGGGACUAUGAAGAUCGGCAAGGCUCGCUUCAACAGGCGGCUGCCCAGAAGAAACUUGAGUUUGUGACCCAAAAGGGGAGGAUUGAAGGCCAACUUGCCUUUGAGCGAACCAGAAUCCAGGCGACAAAUGACCGACUUCGCGCUCUCCACGAAAAGGAGCAACACAACAAAGACACUCUCAAUGACCUCAUCGAGCAGCGGGAGGGUAUCAACAACGACCUUGAGACCCUGAAGCAUGAGCUCGAUGAGCUCCACGCCCAACUAGAUGAGCAGAAAGAGCUGCUAGCCAAAGCCGGCGAGCAGCUGGCAAAGCAGAAACAAGAGGUUCAGAACCGAGCCAAGGAGAUGGAGAGCACUUUCAGAGCCAUCAGUGCGCUGGAAACGGAAAUGGAGCGCCACUCGACUAUCAGAUACAGUCUCCUUCGCCGCUGCAAGAUCGAGAACAUCGCCGUACCAUUGGAACCGUCGUCCGCGAGCUUGGACAGCGUUCCGAUUAAUGAGAUGCCUCUCGACGAUGCCAACGCCAUGGAUGUGGAUGUAGAUGAUCCCGCGUCGUCCCUGCAAGCACAGCAUGUCGCUGACUACGGCGUGUCGCCCGACUUCGAUGUUCUCGAUGACGACCUUAAGGAGGACGACAGCGAAGCCAUGGAAGCCAAGUUGCAGGAAGACAUUGCGAAAUUAAGUGCGACCUUGGACAAGAUGCAACCGAAUGCGCACGCCGCGCAACGCCUGGCCGCCGUCGAACAACGCGCCCGCGACACCGAGCAGGAAUACGAGGACGCCCGCGCCAAAUACCGUGAGCUCAAGGCCAGCUUCGAAGAUACCAUGGAGAAGCGGAACGAGUUGUUCAACAAAGCCUUCUCCCACAUUUCGGAGCAGAUUGAGCCCAUCUAUUCCAACCUGACAAAGUCGGACGAAUUCCCUGCCGGGGGCCGCGCAUAUCUCACUGCGGACGAAGAAGAACCUUACCUCGCCGGGGUGAACUAUCACACCAUGCCCCCGACGAAGCGGUUCCGAGACAUGGAGCAUCUGUCGGGCGGAGAGAAGACCAUGGCAGCGCUGGCGUUGUUGUUUGCCAUCCACAGCUACCAGCCCAGCCCAUUUUUCGUGCUGGACGAAGUCGACGCCGCCCUAGAUAACGCCAACGUAGGCAAGCUGGUCAACUACGUCCGCAAUCACGCUGGCCCAGGCAUGCAAUUCAUCGUCAUCAGCUUGAAGACUGGCUUCUUCCAAGGCAGCGAGACGCUCGUGGGCGUGUACCGGGACCAAAGUGCCAACAGCUCCAAAGUCUUGACGCUGGAUGUAAGAUUUGACCUUUCCCUUCUAAUUGGAUCUCUCCUCUCUGACAUGACCACCUAG